AUGAACAGACGUGGACACGGUCGCGAGUCAUCAGGGUAUCAUCACGCCGCUGUUGUCGAAGUUGGAGCCAUGGUGCUCCAGAAUAUGUUUAGUGCGCUCUCCUUCCUGCACUACCGGAAGGACGACGAUUUUGUGGACAGGCUCUCCUACUUUUAUACCUCAUCGUUCCUGAUAAUGAUGGCAGUGCUUGUAAGCUUCAAACAGUUUGGUGGUCGACCUCUGGAAUGUUGGGUACCCGCACAAUUCACAGCAAGUUGGGAAGCUUAUACGGAAAUGUACUGCUGGGCGCAGAACACCUAUUGGGUACCCAUCGAUCAGGAUAUUCCAGUUGAUAUUAGUGAAAGGGAGUAUCGACAGAUAUCAUAUUAUCAGUGGGUACCUUUUUUUCUACUACUACAAGCAUUUCUAUACUACAUUCCGUGUCUGAUGUGGAGGCUUAUGAGCGACAAAUCUGGAAUCCGCUUAAACGACAUAGUCCAAAUGGCCACAGAAAAAGAAAACAUUGAGCCGGAUUAUCGGAUAAGAACGAUUGAGAGUUUAUCCAGACAUAUUGAAUCCGCACUAAGGUAUCAACACACAGCCACGUCACGGACACAAUAUACGCUGCAUCGGGUGUUCAAGUGCUUCAAUAUGAGGUACUACGAGAGUUAUGUGACCGGAAUGUAUUUGGCCACAAAAAUUAUGUACGUCGGAAACAUUCUCACAAAUUUGGUACUUGUCAACAAGUUUCUGGAGACUGAUGAAUACUCGAUCUAUGGAUUGGGCGUUCUGAGGGACUUGCUGUUUGGUAGGACAUGGAUCGAAUCGGGAAACUUUCCCAGGGUCACAUUAUGCGAUUUCGAGGUACGCGUUCUGGGGAACAAUCAACGACACUCGGUCCAGUGUGUUCUGGUAAUCAACAUUUUCAACGAAAAAAUAUUCAUUCUCAUCUGGCUUUGGUUCACACUAUUAUUUGUCGCGUCGACAUUGGACAUGCUCUAUUGGUUCAGUAUAUCCAUGUUUCAUAGGGAUCGCUUUCGUUUUGUGCUCCGACAUCUCGAGCUCACAUCGGACCCCGAUAAGCCAGAAUUGUUUAGGAAAGAGAAGCGAAAACAAGUUGAACACUUUCUGAGGACCUAUCUCAAAGUUGAUGGUGUUCUAGUCCUUCGAAUGAUUGCUCUUCACGCUGGUGUAAUGUUCUGUACAGAGAUUACCGAUGCAUUAUGGAAGAGAUAUUUAAGUCAACAUCCCGAGAAUCUCAUUGACGACGAUUCGUCACUGAUCACUUUUGCCAGAGCACAAUCGAUUCGAAGAAAGAGAAAUGAUAGCUCGAAUUCGGAUGGUCAGAAUCAUCAGAGACUCGGAAGGAUAUUGUCACAUAGGAGUACUGGUGGAAGUUUCAGAUUAAAUAGGACACAGUCUACCAAUAGGAGUUUGACAACAGAGAACAAAGCAACCCCAACGGGUACGAAUGCAGCAGCUUCUCCGAAUACACCUCCACCAGUACCCAAUUCCCGAUUCGGAAAAGUGAAACCCCGUCGAACAGUGGUCACAAUAAACUCUCAACAAAACGAUGCACGUACAAGUCCGGAUCCAAUCCAAGAAAUGAGUCGUUUGGAGAAUGUACCGCUAGCUGUAUAA